AUGACUCUAGUGUGUGUAUCUGUUCAAAUAGGAAGCAUCACCAAGACCAUCAAAACUACGCGAGACGACACAGCAAUGUACUUGAAGCCAAGUCUAGGGGUCAAGCAGGCAGAGUGGCUGUUUGUAUUUGCUGCAAAAGAGACAACUACUCAGGCUGCAGGAAUACGGAGGGCGACAGGGUCAAGAAUCCAAGACGCUGCCCGUGCAAUUGAUAACUAUCUAUUGGAGCGUGGCGACGUCCAAGUCGGACCUAUUGCCCGUACUUAUUGGGAGACCACCCAUACCAGACAGCCUGAAGGUACAGCCCCAUCCGUACCGGAUAAUGUAACUUUUCGCCAGAUGCAGCAUCUUGACUCAAUGCGACCUUUUCCAACGCCUACAAAAACCGAGAGCAACCUGCAAACGAUCACUGUACAGCUAAAUGGCUCGUCAGAUCUACAGCUUUCGUUUAACGUGCGUGAGCUACGAACCAUUCUUGUCUUACCGAAUCACAACCUACUAGCUGAAGGGGUAUUCUCCUCAUUCGACGUCCCAGCUGAACCGACCGAAAAUAUGGUCGACGAAGACCAUAUUAUAGAAGAAGAGUAA